AUGGCCCUCGUGGCCGCUGCCCUCGCUCGCCUGCCCGCCUCCGCCGCAGCGCUCUCGCUUCCGGCGGCGUCCGCGGCGCGCGCACCCGUCGCGUACCGCUGCCCAUCGUGCGGCGACCCGCUCCUGCCGACCUCCUCCGGCUCCCUCCGCUGCCGCAAUGGGCACUCGGUCGACGCGGCGCGCGAGGGCCACCACCACCUUCUUCGGCGGCCGCUCUCUGCAAAGGUGGCCGAGGAGGCGGACCAGGUCGCGCGAGCCGCCAGAGCUUUCCACGACGGCGGCAGCUUUGACGCGGCCGCCGACGCAAUCGCGGCCGAGGCCGCGGCGAAGCGGCAGCCCUCCGCGCGCUUCGCCGUCGCGUCGCCGCACGCGCUUCCCUUCUCCGAUGGCUGCUUCGACCUGGCGGCUGCCCUCGGCCUGCGCCGGCGGAGCCUGCGGGCGUGA